AAGCCUAUUUAAUUCGUUGACAUACGUCCUUUUCGAAAAUAUUUCAUUUGGGAUACCAUGUUACAGCUCACGAAAACCUGCAACUUAAAUUGAAUAAAGCACUGAAAACCAUUGAACAUGAACUCUACCUAUUAUAAAAACUGCAAGCAAAAGCAACCUAAUUCAAUUACUGGUCGACCCACACGAGCGUUCGUGCUAUACGUUAGAAAAACGAUAUGGUUCGCGGUCUGAGCGCCGCGUUUGCGUCAAAUGUACGUUCGCGGAGUGCAAACGUUCACGAAACGCCCGUGUGAGGUUGACGUAAUGAUGAGCAUUGACAAAAAAUAUUUAAAGUCAUCUUUUUUCGAUGAACAAAUAGCUCACGGAAUAUUGCAACAUCAAUUCAAAAAAGCAAUACCAGCAUACCUACUUAAUACGUAAUACUUUUAAUUACACGUGUCUAAUACUUACUCAGAAUUAGGUACCAUACAUAUUUCGUCCGUUGAAGCCCUCGUACGUUUGAACCUCAAGAUAUAUUUCAGAAUUACUGUGAUUUACCAAAAAGCCUACUUAUUAAAAAUUAAGUAGAAGAUCCACGAUCUGCACCGAUACACAGAGGAAGUUAUUUCAACAACUUACAACAAAAAGUCAAAAAGGGAAUCGCUCUCUUGCUGCGAUUCAUGAGUGAAAAUUCAAGAAAGUACUAUUAAAGUCAACGAUCACUCUCGAGAUACGAGGUGACUACCAUUCUUUAUCGACUUGAAGCUAGCCAGAUGACGAGUUGAUGUAGACCCUUAAAUGAUUAUACUCGGGUUGAACUUAUAAUCAUCUUUAAGGACUCUCCACAUCGACGCUACUCGCGCAGUCGUUUCGCUCCUGAUUUCCUGCUUCAAAUAAUUGUAUGUAACUACUUUUAAUUUAUCUCUCUCUCUGUCUGAUUAAGAGAAAGCCUGUGCCCAGCAGUUUAUGUUAAGUUAUAAUAUUAAUUAGUAUUUAGAUCGCCUUAUAGUCUAUAGGUUUUACUCAAUUCGUCUCAUAAUUAAAACAAUAUCACAAAAGUGUCUUUAUAGAUUUUGGUAGGAAGGUUCUUUUUUUUGAACCAUUUUCGAUUUUAUUUAAAAUGGGUUACUGCUCUGUGUGUAAUGUUAAUGUUAAUGGAAGACAGUGGACUGGACAUUUCCGUAGCAGUAAGCACAAAAAUAAUUGUACUGCUCCGCUUUAUGAUAACGUAGAGAUCAUAACAUCCGCUUUUAAAGGACGUAUAGUAAGUUAUCGAAUUAUUGCAUCUAAUGAAGAAGCAAAAAACUUACCUUCUUUAUUUUUAAACAACAUUCGUAAACAAAUUAGAUCUCUUGUAAAUCACGCCUUACAAGUCCACACUUCUGUUAAAAUUAACUUCGAAUUUUUUUUAUCUUUUCUUUUGCCUAAAACUGACGUACAAGAAGUAAAGUCGUUUGCUACAAAGAACUUUACAAUUCACUUAAAUUUUGACUUUGAUAAUCUUUAUAACGAAGUUGUUUCUUUUCUGUUGAAUAAAGUAGGGGAAUUUGAAGAAAGAGACAGUGGUUGGACAUUUUUAAGCAAUUCACACCUUGAAAUAAAUAUAAAUAAAUAUCAGCCUUUAAGCGGUUCCAGCUUUAUCUCAUUGCCUAAAUAUAUAAGAAACAAAAAAGCAUGCCUCAAUAUACAAAACAAGGAUGACUUUUGUUUCUUAUGGUGUGUAACCGCUGCUCUGUAUCCUUCAAAAAAGCACCCAGAGCGGGUAUCAUCGUAUCCCCAUUUUCAACAAGUACUAAACAUUAAAGACUUAAAUUUUCCGAUCACUUUCUCAGAUAUUUCUAUAUUUGAAAAAAAUAACCCUAGUUUGAGUAUUUUUGUUUAUGGAUUAAAAAAUGGUAAAGAAAUAACAGGUCCGUUAUACAAAUCAGAGUCGACCAUAAAGAACGAUAAACGUAAAGUUGUACAUCUUUUGUUCCUAGAAAACGAUACAUCGUCUCAUUUUUGUCUAAUCAAAGACUUGACUCGUCUUGUUAGAAACCAAAUUACUAAACAUCACGAAAAAGUUUAUUACUGUGAAAACUGUUUGUUAUUUUUCCACUCAGUUGAACGCAUCAAUAGUCAUUUAUGCGAAGGAACUGUUACUGUUUUACCAGAAGAGGGUUCAUUUAUUACAUUUAAAAAUUACAACAGAAAACAAGACAUUCCGUUUGUUAUCUAUGCCGAUUUCGAAACAAUUCUGCGACCUAUUCAAGACAAUGACGGUGAUACUGCUAACACAACAAAAUUGCAAUGUCACGUGCCCGCGGCGUUUGCGUAUAAUAUUGUGUCUUCCAUUGAUCCUAAUUUUAACCAAUUUAGAAUUUAUCGUGGUAGAGAUUGUGUUAAUAAAUUCAUAAAUAUGCUUUUGGAUGAUGCUAAGGAAAUUAAUACUUUAUUGAAUACGAAUCGAGGAAUGAAAUUUACUGAAAGUGAUGCUCGUGAUUUCGAAAAAUCUUUAUAUUGCCACAUUUGUAAUAAUUUUUUAUGGGGGAAAAAAGUUAGAGAUCAUUGUCAUAUUACUGGAAAGUAUCGCGGAGCAGCCCAUCGUCAUUGUAAUUUACAAUUUAAAGUUCCUAAAUGUAUCCCGAUCUUUUUCCAUAAUUUAUCUGGCUACGAUUGCCAUUUAUUUAUUAAGCAGUUAGGAGAGGUUCCUGGAAAAAUAACAAUAAUACCUAAAACGAAGGAAAAGUACACCUCGUUUUCUAAAUUUGUUCCUAUCAACGAAAAAGAAAAAGUGCAUUCCUCCUGGUGGUAA